GCUUAAAGAUAACAAUCUUAUGUAAAGUCAUGACGACACUGAUUAAGAACAGGACAUGAUACAAUACGCGUACGGCAGGGUGGUAGUACCAUCCAUGUCAUGCCCCAUAUUAAUAUGGGUUUGGUAACGAGUCGACUUCAAAUCAUAAUUCCUACUCAUAAUAACUCGAAUUAUUGAAUUAGUAAAUAUAACAAAUUCUCAAGCAGUGGCGAAUCUAGGGGGCCGCCGCCUGGUCCACGGUCCAGCCCUCCUCUGGAUCUAGAGCACUUGUAAAUUUUUAACUUUAGGUAUUCAUUUUAGUGCUCGUCGGGCUACGACCCAGUCCUCUCCACCUCAUUUUAAAUGUGGAGUGCUCUACCAUAUCCGAGAUCCGUCGCUAAUUCUCAAGUGAUCAAUUUUUAUAUAGGAAGACGGACGUAAGAAAUGGCCUAAUUCGUUGUUAUCGUCAUUGACUGGAGUUUGAGUGAUCCCAAAACCUCAGUAUCCAAAGUUCACGUCUCUCAUGUUGAAAUUAUGUGAGCCAAACCAAGAAAAAUACAAACUCAAUCCCCAAUUAGUCUUUUGCCGCCAGCAGACAGCCACUUGUGACUUUUCUCGACAAAGAAGAGAGAUAACCAGAUAAAUUGUGUGUUUAACCUCGCAGCCGCGCGAGAUCUAGACAACUUAAACUACAAGUCCAGAAGAAGUCUAGAAAGAGGCAUAUUGAACUUUUAGUUGAACGUGUCCACGACGUAGCCUAACCAGCUGCAUGCAGACAAUUCAACGAUGGAAUAAAUUGCACUUGGAAAUUGCACUUGUUUUUUUCUUCUUUUCUUUCUACUUAGAAGAAAACAAAAGGGCCGAUGUGUUGUAUGCCUAACCAAAGGGCUGCCUUAGCUCUAUAAAUAGCUCCCUUCUACUCUCCACUUCCUUCACACCAAACAAACACUCUUUACUUCUCUACCAAUUACACUGCCCACUUAAAUUCUCACCAUGGGAAACCUCCAACUCCUCAUCGCCGCCAUAGCCAUCCUCGCGGCCACCGCAACCCUCCCGGCGACGGUCGUGGAGGCCGCCGUCGCCGACACCGUCACCCCAGAUUUCUUCGACGGCAUCAAGAACCAAGCACAAGACAGCUGCGCCGGGAAGAGCUUCUACACCCGCGACGCCCUUCUACAGGCCGCCAAUUCCUACCCCGACUUCGGCAAUACGCCGCGCGAGGUCGCCGCCUUCUUCGCCCACGUCACCCACGAAACCGGAAGCAUGUGCUACGUGGAAGAAAUUAACAAGUCGGACUACUGCGACCCGGCGCAGUACCCGUGCGCCUCGGGGAAGCAGUACUACGGGCGGGGCCCGCUCCAGCUGACGUGGAACUACAACUACGCGAUGUGCGGGCAGGCACUCAACUUCGACGGCGUCGGGGACCCGGACAUCGUGGCGAGGGAUCCGGUGCUGACGUGGAGGGCGGCGCUGUGGUUCUGGAUGACGAACGUUCGCCCCGUCCUCGAUCAAGGGUUCGGAGCCACCAUCCGUGCGAUUAACGGCAUCGAGUGUAACGGCGGCAACGCGCCCGCCGUUCAGGCGAGGGUGGGAUUCUACAACACGUACUGCCAGAGGUUUGGAAUCCAGCCGGAGGCUAAUACCGGCUGUUAAGUUACUCCGUCGAUCGAGGACGUAUGAGUACUAAAACGUUGUCGUUUUUUUUACGCAUUUGAAUGUACUAAUUUCAUCUUCCUACUUAUUACUGGCAUGGCAUUGUAGCCCUGAUAAAAAUAAAUAAAAGUUGUGUUAAUCCCUUUUUUUCCCGCUCUUUAAUGACGCAUCUCAAGUUGUUAAUUACCUUAAACCUUUAAUUGAGUGUACGUUCAUGAGGUUCAUCCAAGCCUAGCUUUGGAAAUGUGUGUGUGGAAAAUGAUAUAGAAGUAGUUUUUGGUCACAGAAGCAAUAAAGACUUGUACGUGCGUGACCCGCGACAACAGAGUGCAAUAGACGGUAAGAAAAGUAGGCAAGAGGGACGACCUCAUGACAUUAUAGAAGUCAACUGUAUAGGACAAUUAAUGCGAUAAUUAAUGGGAAGAAAACGAAUCAAUGGAUUUUUUUUUGUUGAAUUAGUUCAUUUUUGUUACAACAAGUUUGAGAUUAAAACGAUCACAAACGAUUAAUAUAAUGAUGAAGCGAAGUUCUCGGUAUAGGAACUUCGAAAGAAAGCCACGCAUUACUCUACUUUUUGCCCUCUACCUUUUGCCCUGGCUAUACAACUCAAUUUGCUCUAUUUUGAUACAAACAAAUGAAACAACCCAAUCCUAUGGAGGUACCAAUCCGCCCAUUGACAACAAUUUUCAAACCGUAUUUUUUUUUGGGUACAAACAUGUGAUUUUACUAAGAAUACGUAACAAAUGUGUUAUUCUCUCAAUAUUACCAUCAAACUAUCAUAGAUGAGGAAUGGAAAUACACCAAGUCGACCCUCACUUAUUGUUAUGUUAUUAUUUUUGCCGAGGGAAAAAUAUUAAUUAGGGACCUCCUACCAUGCCUUGCAGUUACUGUAACUUGACUUUUUUGACAUGCUAUAGCAGGUUUUAUAGGUCACAUUACGUAAAAUUAAUGUUUAUUACGUAACAAUUACGUAAUGCUUGUUAGUCUUACGUAACAGUUAAACUGGAAGCGUUACGGAAGGUUUCCGUAACGACUUAUCAUUUUACGUAACACUAGGUUAAUAUUCAUUACGUAAAAGCAUCGUCUAUUACGUAAGGCUUCCAUAAUGAUAUUUUACAAAUGUUGCAUAAAAUACACGCUCAUUACGUUAGGUUACGUAACGAAGGUUAUAUCUUACGUAACAGUUAAAUUAGAAGUGUUACGUAAGACUUCCGUAAUGACUUACCACAUUACGUAACUUGAUUAAUAUUCAUUACGUAAAUGGAUCACCCAUUACAUAAGGCUUCCGUAAUGUCACUUUACAACUGUUACGUAAAGUAUGCAUCUAUUACGUAAAGGUUACGUAACGAUAGUUAUUUCUUACGUAAGAGUUAAAUUAGAAGCGUUGCGUAAGUCUUCCGUAAUGAUUUAGCAGAUUACGUAACGAAAGGUUAAUAUUCAUUACGUAAAAUGAGUGUCUAUUACGUAAGGUUUCCGUAAUGACAUUUUUCAACUAUUACGUAAGAUAAACACCCAUUACGUAAUGCCUAUUGUAUUUUACGUAAUGCGACUUGUGAAACCUGUUAUAACAGGAUAAAAAUAUCAACUUACAAUAACUUCAAAGUAUUGUAGGAAUUUUCUAUUAAUUAUUGAAAUUUAUACUUAUAUAUCCUUCCCCAUCUCGAUCUUGUUUGUAUUGUAAUGUUUUAUAUGUUUAUAUGGGCUUUCCAUAAGCAAAUCUUCUUUUGUCGUAAGUUCUUUGUAGUUCAUUCACACACUUCCAUUUGUUCAUUUAGACAACUUUUCACCCUCCUACAUUGAGAAUGCCCAACAAAAUUUCAUUACAUUGCCUACUUAUGCAAUUAUGCUCGAGUCUUCAUAUAGUACUUUGUACUAUAUUUUCAAAUUACAAUUUAGAACACAAAUGACACGAGAGAUAAAAAUAUAUCACGACUAUUUUAUACAAUAUAAGAUUUAGUUCAAUUACAUCAAUACCAAACCUAUUAUACCCCUAAUUCAUGGAGAGACCAGAAUAUGCAUGCCACAGUUCAUUCAUUAGUUAUUUGUACAUUUUAAAUCAAACGGUAAGUGAACGGUACCACCCGCAUAAAUUGACACUCAUUCGAUUAAUCAAAGGUAAUUCUUUGCUUACAAGCACCAUACAAAUCACAUGGAAUGUGUUCAUUGACAAUGUAACAUGCAUUUCGGGGUUGAAGAUAAUUAUUUUUGUGCACUAAACAUCAUGCAGAUCACAUGCCAUGUAAUGUAAAUAUUAACUUUCUAUCGUUUUUAAAUUUGCGUAUUUCAAAUUUACUAUAAACAUUUGUGAGAUUUCACAAAAAGUAUGAAAUAUAUAAUUUUCAUUUUAAUCGUAUUUCACACUAUCCAAUUCUAUGAACCAUGCACAUCAUAAUAUUUCAUCGAUAAUUCAUUUCUUGAUUUCUUCCUUUCGUUUAGUUAUACAUUUGUCAUUUCUUUACCUUCACAUGUUGAAUUGGAAACACAAGGAAGAAGAUAAGCACUUAAUCUAAAUAAUAGCAUUGGACAUUGGUAAUAACUAAUAAGAAGGAAAAAAUUAGUAUUUACUGAAUUUCUAAAUAUCAUUCCUCCAAGCAUAAAAAGUUCCAUAGAUAUAAUUUUAAUAUUAUAUUUAUCACAAUGGUGGAUGAGGCCAUCAAUUGUCGGUUCGCUUAACCAAAUCAUUAAGUAGGACAAACCGAAACCAAGGUUGUCAAACCGGUUUAUACCGUUGUGCCGGUUUUGCAAGUGGAAUGGUACGACCGGUGGUAUAAUCAGUUCAUGCUGGUUAAAAAAAAUGUGAAAACAAU